AAGGUGAAAGAAGGAGAAACAUACGAGUUGGUGAUUACAAAUAAUAGUGGAUUGUACCGUUACCGACUUGGAGAUGUUGUGAAGAUCAACUCAUUUUACAAGAAGGCCCCAACAGUUGAAUUCAUGUAUCGGCAAGGACAGCUUUUGAAUGUACGAGGUGAAAAGUUGAGUGAAGAAGCAUUUUAUCGGAGUCUGCAAAAAAUAGCUGGUUCACAGUUGGCUGACUACUGCUGUGCUGAGAGUGCUGCCAUCAAGACUUCAAAAGAAACAGUUCCUCAUUACGUAGUUUUUGUUGAAUACCAAAAUGGCCAAGUAAUGUCCCAGGACAAAACCUUGGAGCUUGAUGAGGAUCUGCGAAAAGAGCACUUUGUUUAUGAUUCUUUUCGUACAAAGGGGAGCAUUGCCAUUCCAGAAGUGUACUCAUUGAAACCAGGCACUUUCUUGGCACUCCGUCAGCAUUUACUUCAACACACUGAUGCAACUGCAAAUCAGUUGAAAAUACCUCGAGUGCUUGUCAAAGAAUCAGCUAUCAAGUUUUUAUUGGAAAAUGUUGUCUGAUUAAAUGUAUAGGAACUCAUAUAAUUAAUUUGGGAAUUGAGUUAUUAAUAAAUUUGUAAGGAUAAAGUGUAUAUAGUACUGUAAAAGUAUUUUCAAUAGGAGUCUUGAUAUUAUGGUAUAAUAAUUCUUACAGAUUUUACUGUUGUUAAGUAAUGAGGUAAACAUUCUCUUUAGAUUCUCUACAUUUAUAAAUAAUGUACAUAGUAUAUAUUUAUUUAUUUUCAUUCAUGAACAAGAAGUCCUAUUAUGUAUGGUUUAUUAUCAAAGAUCUCUGACCUGUAUUGUCAUUUUUUUUUAUAUGUUUGACCUCAUUCUCUCCCAGUGCAUGCCAGUGAUCUGGACUGGAAAUAGGUAUCAGGAAAAUAGGGUACAGCAGUACCCCUGCCUCUCAAAAUUUAGUAAUUUUUAUAUGAUACUUUUAUUAUGUUUUUUUUUUAACUGGUGAAUGAGUGCAUGCCUUUGAUUGUGCAUGUGUGUGUUUCAACAUUUGGAAGUCUAGUCCUACUAGUAAUGCAUUAUGCAUUAGAAAAGAGUUAUCCUUUAAGAUAUGCAUACUGAUGAUUAUUACAGGUUCUCUUAAUUUGUAUUCAUUUCUUAUUAGGAGAAUAAUUUGUUUUUAUUUCUUAUCAGAUUGAGUUAAUAAACUAUAAAAUUUUGA